AUGUGCGAACGUCAUGUCAACACCACCGUCUACACUUGUGGUCAUUCAAAGACCACCUACACAGUCGAACGAAGUGGAGGCUGCGCAGGAACGUGCACCACUGUCCCGGAUAAACACAUGGGAUCGACUAAGGCUCGUAGGCCUUGUGAUGCUUGUCUUGCAUGA